AUGGUCUUUCUUCGACUUUCAAUCAAAGUCUUCCCGCGGGAGCAGCUGAGUUCAAACUCGACCUCCAGUUGGGGCAGGUCCUUCCUUGGCGCACGAAGGUCUACGAACGAUGACUCUAGCCAGGGCUCUGCAGUCUCCACGAUAUUGAAGAAACCCGGGGUCUUCCUGCUUGUCCUUGAACAACCCGAAGAGGUUUCGCUCGGUGGACUUGCGGGCAUGAUCCAGGAGCAUUGGACAAAGCUUCACCCAGAGCUAGAACCCCUUUCAAUCAAGAAAAUCCUCGACGAUACAAAGGAGGAUAUCGACCUCCACCCCGAUUUGACUGUUGCCGAUGUCUGGGUUGACUAUGGAAAAGCUCGCACCGACGGCCUUGACCAGCGUGGCACCGUUCGCGUCCUUCAAAAGCCUACCUCUGCUGCCCCGGAGCGAUUCCCCUCUGUCGACCAGGAUUGGGAUGCUGCUAUUGUGGCCUACGAGCACAAGCGUGCGAUGAAGGUUAAAAAGGAAGCCAUGGAGAGUCAAUUCCCUACCAUUCAGGAAGAAGAUGAAGAGAGCAACGCCCAAUGGCGGGGUAGUCACUCUCGAUCUCUCUCUCAAUCUCAGUUCCAAUGGGAACAUGCACCUGAAUCGCCUCAGCGUACCAAUAAUAAGCGUCUUGCCUCAGCUCGGAAGUCACCAAUUGAGCACCGUCAGCGUGAUUUACCUGUUCCUUCUGUUGAAAUCCACAGUCCUGUCACCACUUUCCCUCCAGCAAAGUCUGUCGGCCCUACAAUUGCUGGCACGCCGCCUCUCAGGCGCGAAAGUGAGGAGCUCGGUGAGUCUCCAUCACCAGCUGAGCGACGAACCUCUAUCACCAGAUCCAAACAUACACUUGGAACUGUAGUUGCCGGGUUCCCAGAAUCGCAGCACAUGCCUCUAAAGCUCGUAAAGCCACCCAUUGCGAGUAGCACAGCUACGCGGACAAUUACACAAAUGCCCGAGGAGGCCCGAUCCCCACCUAUUUCGUCUGCGCCCAAAUUUCCCCACCAACAGACGCAAUCUACUGAGGAGGCUACUGCAAGCUCAAGUGACGGCGAAUCACAACCUGUUCUGCAGCAUAACGUGAAAAUACAAGUCACGGGCUUGACCCACGGAGUUGAUGGACAAGGACAUCAUCUGACGGAAACAGUGGCUAAAAUUGUAGCGCAAUCCCCACAAAAAGUGCAAACGGAAACGGUGAUCGCGAUCUCGAGUGAGGAGUCAAGUGAAGAGGAAAGCGACAGUGAGGAUGGCAAUGUUGAAGUGAAGAAGAAGAAGAAGAAGACUGCCGAGCAGGAUCAAAGAGAAACAGAAGACAAGACUGGUUCCGGCGACUCUGACUCUGACUCUGAUUCCGACUCUGAUUCCGACUCUGAUUCCGAAUCCGAAUCGGACUCUGACUCUAGCGAAGAGAACGGACCGAAGGAUGAGCCAAUUACUCCUCGGAUUGAUUAUCGCAUCCCUAUUGUCAAGGAUGGAGUUGCGAUUGAUGCAGAGGGCGAUGUACAGAUGGAAGGGCACAUGGUAACUACGGGCCCCGAGUCCUCACAUCACUCGGAUCCCUCAAUUCUGAAAACCAACGGGACAACCCAUGAUAUUGGAUCUCGCAAGCGGAAGCAGGCCUCUGGAGAGCUCACAUCGGUCAAAGAAGCUCGCCAAGGACAGGCCCAUCCUUCAACCCGGCCCCCAUCUACCCCUCCUCGUUCUUUGUCUGCAGUCGUUGUGCCCUCUGGACAGUUCCGGCAGUCCCAGUCCCAGUCACCAGGUGCGCAAAGACGGAUCCGUGCGCCUUCCUUCUCGAGCCCGGCUCGCAAAGCCAGCGUUCGAGAGCAAAACAGAAUGCCCCCUAAACCUCCCCGGUCCGGAAUUGGGUUGGGGAUUACGCAGAGCCCUCCUAGCCAUCAGCCCGUCGCGGUGGUUCUUUCGCAAGAAUCUAACGUAACGUCCACCCAGAGUUCUUUUGGCGGACCGCUUUUCCCAAGUAGCAAAGUGACUGUUACCGAUGCGGGUUCUUUUACUGCUGUCAAUAAACAGACUCCUGCGAUCGACAGAACGAAAGCGCUAACUUCCGCUCUCCGUGCCAAAGAUUCCCCGUCAGUGGAGAGGCGAUCCGUGUCUUUCGCUGAAGGAGAGAACCUUGCAUCUAGCUUUGAUCCCGCUCCACGCUCCACCCCACGCAAUACUACGAUCAGCUCCAAAUCUACUCCCACUGCCGUCACUAAGGGGACGCCUUCGAGCGCAACCCCACGAAAUGUUACGUCCAAGGCCAAGCCUGCCCGACAAACGCCCACCCCCGUUGUUCAACCUACCGCGGGAACACAUUCUACCUCUACGUCUAGCAAGGUCACGCCUAAAGCCAAAGCUAAUAACAAAACACCCAAAUCUACUUCCAAUCCUACUAGGACAACACCAUCCAGCAGCGAUAUGGUCUUCCCACCCGGCUUUGAUAUCGAACAGUUGACUCAGCAAGUUGAGAGAGAAAAGCAGAUGAAGACAAAGGCUGAGACGGACGACAAAGUACAAAGGGACAAGGAAACAACGGAGAGAAUGGAAAUUGAGCGCAAACUUCAGGAAAACUUCGAUCCACAGCUUGUGAUCAUUUUAAGUGAGAUGCACAGCCUCUUGCAAAAAGUGGUCAACACCAAUAUCCAACUGGUCAGGCGCAAACAGCUCCGCGUCAGACUUGAAAGCUUGCGCCACGAUCUUAAAGCCUGCGAAGAGCGAUUAGAAGCGACGAAAUCCACCCCUCGGGAAACCGUCGCAAAGAAACCAAAACCAACUCUCAAGGACAUGCUGAGCAGCCAAAAGCAGGAAAUAGCUGCCAAGCUCCGACCUGAGCCCAAAUCCGCCCCAGCUCCCCGUAGUGACGUGUAUGAAGUGCCCAGCUCCGGCGAGUCCGAGUCCGAGUCCGAGUCUGACUCUGAUUCCGACUCCAGCGGUGAGUCGGGCGACAUUAUGCCCGAUGGCCAUUCAAACAAACUGCGCAAGCCCCGAUCUCGGUCCAAUUAA